AUGGAUUUACCACGAUUUUUACAAUUUUUAACAGUAUUUUUACUUGUUACUAUUUUUCUAUUCUCACCUUUUGUUACAUUGAUUACAUUUAUUCUUUUAUCAUGGUUUUGGUCUUUACCUAUGACUCUUACAAUAUGUUGUAUAUAUGGUUGUUGGGUCUAUUUUGAUCGUCACACAGAUUCAGAAGGAGGUCGAUGGUCUGAUCUAUUUCGUCGAUUGCCUAUUUUUACACAAUUUGUAAAUUAUUUUCCUCUUAAAUUAAUUAAAAGUGAAGAUCUUGAUUCAAAUCGAAAUUAUAUAUUUGGUUUUCAUCCACAUGGUGCAUUUUCUCUAAGUGCAAUGGGUAAUUUUGGUACAGAUGCUACAUAUUUCUCAACUCUUUUUCCAAAUAUUCGACCACAUUUGAUGCUUCUUCAUCUUCAAUUUCUAUUUCCAUUUACACGUGAAAUAUUUCUUAAUUUAGGCAAAUGA